CAACAAAAAGGCAACCGGCGCAGUGUUUACAAAGACGCCACAGCUUCCAUAGUUACGAGGGAGCCUGGGCAAGCCGAGGGGAAGCUUCCCAAUCCUAUCUCUGGUCCAAAGAGCGACCAGUGGAACGGACCAUGGGCUUGCUGUCGAUCCUGCGGAAGCUGAAGAGCUCUCCGGAUCAGGAGGUGCGGAUUCUGCUGCUGGGUCUGGAUAAUGCGGGGAAGACCACCUUGCUCAAACAGCUGGCCUCUGAGGACGUGAGCCACAUCACACCCACACAGGGCUUCAACAUAAAGAGUGUGCAGUCCCAGGGCUUCAAGCUCAACGUGUGGGACAUCGGGGGCCAGAGGAAGAUCCGGCCCUACUGGAGGAACUACUUUGAGAACACAGACGUGCUGAUCUAUGUGAUUGACAGUGCGGACAGGAAGCGCUUUGAGGAGACUGGACAGGAGCUGGCUGAGCUGCUGGAGGAGGAGAAGCUAAGCGGGGUGCCAGUUCUGGUGUUCGCCAACAAGCAAGACCUGAUGACGGCGGCGCCGGCCGCCGAGAUCGCCGAGGGGCUCAACCUGCACAUCAUCAGGGACAGACUGUGGCAGAUUCAGGCCUGCUCCGCCGUCACCUCGGAGGGAGUGCAGGAUGGCAUGACAUGGGUGUGCAAGAACAUAGCCACAAGGAAGAAAUAACUAGAGGCACCAGCUGAAUAGGAGCUCACUCUUCGACAAUUCCACUGUACGCUCUGCAACCGUACAACAAGACAGAAAACAAAAGGAGAGAAUAGUAUUUAUUUUUCUUAAAUGGACUGCAGCCCUUGUCUUCUUGUCAUGUCAUUAGUGUAUGUCAUUGCUGGGGUCAGAGGCUGGGUCAGAAUCCCAAGAAACGUUUGCUCUCUAGAGUGCAGUGGUUCCCAGACUUCAGCACCAACACCCCUCCUGCAUUCGGGAUGUCUCUGAGUCUUACUUGUGGUUUAUUGUUUAAUGAGAGAUUUUAUUCGGUACUUUAUUCAUUAAUUCAUUUCGUCUUUUGAUUGUUUUAGAACUGUUCUUAUGAGUAAAUUUAAGGUUCGCAAUAGCACUGAAAGUGUGCUGUAAUUUAAAUCCUUUUGCAUGUAAUCAGCAUACAUUGUGGCUUCAGCCUGUCCACCUCAUUCAUAAUAAAAGGUACUUGCCUUUACAGCCAUAUGUUAGGUGUAUUUAAAACACUGACCUGGAUAAUGAUAUACAAUGGGGAAUUUAGGAACCACUGGUGUAAUCAGUCUCAACGGGUUACAGCUGCAGUUAAGUCACAGUCAUGUGUCGUAAUCAGCUGUUCACGUCUGAUGCUUGCUUGAUUCCACAAGGUGGCAGCUGACACGGCCACCGUAAUCCCAAUGUUUCAGUUCAAAUGCUAUUCAGACAAAACCUCUGCCCCCCUUUCUGGCUGCAACGGAAUGUAAUAUCUCUUUGUUUUGCUUGUGUCCUUUUUAUAACGGGCUGUUUUAAGUUA